CGAUAGUUAAAAUCGAUAUUGUACCAGCUCUAUGGGACGUUAGUUUCACUUGUUACGUUUUUACUUUUACUUUUUGUUAAAAAAAAAACAGACGAUGGAGCGGAAACUGCACAGUGGAAUGCACCACGCCACCCUGCGCCUGCUGCAGGAAUCGGGUUGCGAGAUAGCCCCCCACAACCUCAUGUAUCCGGUGUUCAUUGUGAGCAAUGACGACGACGUCCAGCCGAUAGCCAGCAUGCCGGGAAUCUCGCGAUUUGGACUGAACCGCCUGAGGGAGCACCUGGAGCCACUGGUGGCCAAGGGGCUGUCUUCAGUGCUGCUCUUUGGGGUGGUGGAACCGGAACUAAAGGACGAAAAGGCCUCCAAUGCGGAUUCCGCCCAGAAUCCCGUGGUCAAGGCAUUGCCAAAGCUGCGAGAAUGGUUUCCCAACCUCCUGAUCGCCUGCGAUGUCUGCAUCUGCCCGUACUCCUCCCACGGCCACUGCGGUUUGCUGGGCGAGAAUGGAUUGGAGAAUGGUCCCAGCAUCAAGAGGAUAGCAGAGAUUGCAGUGGCCUAUGCCAAAGCCGGUGCCCAUAUAGUGGCACCCUCCGACAUGAUGGACAACCGGGUGAAGGCCAUCAAGCAGGCUCUGAUCGAUGCGGAAAUGAAUAGUGUUUCCCUGCUGGCCUACUCCGCCAAGUUCACUUCCAAUUUCUACGGUCCCUUCCGGGAGGCGGCGCAAUCGGCUCCCAAGUUUGGUGAUCGUAGGUGCUAUCAACUGCCCAGCGGAUCCAGGAGUUUGGCCAUGAGAGCCAUUCAAAGGGAUGUCGCCGAGGGAGCUGACAUGCUAAUGGUGAAACCCGGCAUGCCAUACUUGGACAUUUUGAGAUCCACCAAGGAUUCCUAUCCAUACCACACGCUGUACGUCUACCAAGUGUCUGGUGAGUAUGCGAUGCUUUACCAUGCCGCCAAGGCAGGAGCCUUUGAUCUCAAGGAUGCUGUGCUAGAAGCUAUGAAGGGCUUCCGUCGUGCUGGCGCCGAUUGCAUCAUCACCUACUACACGCCCUUCCUUCUGGACAUUAUCACAGAAAGGGUUAAGUAAUUGCUAAACUCCAAUGGUGCAACCUUUGUCUGUGGCUCGUGUCUAUGUAGUAUAGAGUGGACCUCUUAUUGUUAUUUCAUUUCAUUAAUUGUUAAAUUUCCAUGACUUUAAUUUCAAGACGGGUUUUAAAGGUUUCUUUUAGUAACGUUUAGGUUUAAGAUUUAAAGUUUCCAGAAGUUAGAUUUCAUAACCAAAGUACUUAAUAGAUUGCCUUAUCUAUAAGCUCAAGCUUUUGCUUAAUAAUAUUCAUUAAAUGAAUGUUUUUUUAAAUCUUACGGAGGUCCACCUCUAUUGUUCAAUCACCAUUACUGGUGCUUUUAGUUACAAGUGCCUCGCUCCAUUCGCCGCAAAUACACACACACGCACAACUAGAGUGUAUAUUUUAAUGGUCUUAUCAAUCGAAUCGAAUUAAAUCGUCUUGUUUUGGAAUUCUAAUGGGCACGGCCAGACACUACACACCGAAUAUCAAUUGCAUGAUGAAAUUCAAGCUGUCUUAACCGGAUCUUCAAGCAAAAGCAACCAGGUUUUUUUAGGUGAAUGGCAAUUAAGACUUUUAAUUAAUAUGUGGACUCUUUGAUUGCAUUUACAAAUGGGGCUACGGUGAGCACUGAACACACUGCCUGGGAGAGAGAGCUUACUUGGCUAAAUUGGUACAAAUUUAAGUCUUAAAAGAAAUGUAAAAAAGAUCACAAAAUGAAAUGCUUUUAAGUACAAUAAAACAAUAAAGUUAACAUUCUGAGGAAAAUGAGUUGAAAUUCAA